AUGACAACCCCCGAUCUGGAGAAGCAGCAGGCUGCUGCCACCACCGCAACAACACCAGCAGAUCCCACCACCAAAUCAAUCUCCUCCACUGACACCCCCCAACAACAACAGCCCCAAAAUGCUUCUCCUUUCAAGGUUCCCCAUUUUUUGAUCAAGAUCAACAACACCCUCGAAUCCCUCUCCGGCUUCGAAGCCCGCGGCAUCACCCGCGUCCUCCCCUCCGAACGGCAACCUCCCUCCCACCUCGCAGACGCCCAGGUAUUCCUCCUCUGGUUCGGGGCCAACAUCUCCGUCAACAACCUCGCAGUGGCCCUUCUCGGACCAUUAGUCUUCCAGCUUGGUUUCACCGACUCGGCAUGGUGCGCUAUUGUUGGAGCCUUUCUGGGGAGUUGUUCCACCGCAUACAUGAGUAUCUGGGGACCGGCAAGCGGGAACAGAACAAUGGUUAUCGCGAGGUAUUUCAUGGGUUACUGGCCUAGCAAGAUACCGACAACGUUGAACAUUGUUUUGAUGGUGGGGUAUAUCACCUUGAGUUACAUCAUUGCGGGACAGAUGUUAUCUGCGGUGAGCGGGGGGAGUUUGACGAUUGUGGUUGGGAUUGUGAUAUUGGUCCUCUUCGCACUUAUCGGGUGUGCGGGACCGUAUUUUGACACCACGAUUGAGUCCCAGGGAGAUGGGACGGCCAUUGCGGCGAACAGGCUUAGCUUUUUGAGCCUGUGUCUUUAUGUGCCCAACUCGUGGGCGGCGGCGGCGAGUGAUUAUUAUGUUUACUACCCUGAGAGCACGCGCAAGAGGAAGAUCUUCUGUUUGACACUGUUUGGGCUUUGGACGUCGUUUAGUCUGGUUUAUAUGAUUGGGAUUGGGCUUGCGACUGGUGUGACGCAUCAUACUGCUUGGGCGGAGGCGAAUGCUAUUUCUGCUGGGGCAUUGAUUGUGGCUGGGUUUGAACCAUUGAAGGGGUUCGGAUUGUUCUGCUCUGUUAUUGUGGCGUUGGGAAUCAUCGCGAAUAGUAUCCCCGGGUGUUAUUCAGCGGCGUUGGGCUUUCAGGUUCUGGGGAGGCACUUCAAGGUUGUGCCGAGGUGGGUGUGGACUUGUACGGUGGUCGUCCUGCAGACUGUGCUGGCUUUGGCAGGGAGGGAGCAUUUGUUUGUGCUGUUCCAGAACUUCCUCGCGCUGAUGGGGUACUGGGUAGAGUUUAUGAUUUUGAUCUUUGUGUUAGAGCAUGUACUGUUUAGGAGGACUAGAGGGUUUGACUGGGCGAGGUGGGAGGAUAAGAGUUAUUUGCCGGUUGGGUGGGCUGCGCUGGUUGCUUUCUUGUUGGGCUGGGUCGGGGCCGUGUUGGGGAUGUAUCAGAUUUGGUAUACCGGGCCAUUGGCGGUGCUGGCAGGAGCGAGCGCGGGGGGUUGUGAUGUUGGUGUUUGGGUUGGGUGUGGGUUUGCUUUGGUGAGCUUUCCUCCGUUGAGGUGGUUGGAGUUGAGGAUUAUUGGGAGGUAA